AGCUACCUGAUCCUUCUCUCUCGGCAAGGCAAAGUGCGCUUGGCCAAAUGGUUUACCACGUUGUCCCCCAAGGACAAAGCCAAAAUUGUCAAGGAUGUCUCACAGCUCGUUCUGGCGAGGCGGACGCGGAUGUGCAACUUCCUCGAGUAUAAAGACACCAAGAUUGUAUACCGCCGAUAUGCAUCGCUAUUCUUUAUCGCCGGGUGCUCCUCCGAGGACAACGAACUGAUCACGCUCGAAAUCAUCCACCGAUACGUUGAACAGAUGGACAAGUACUACGGCAACGUCUGCGAGCUCGACAUCAUCUUCUCUUUCACCAAAGCCUAUUAUAUCCUGGACGAGCUCCUGCUAGCUGGCGAGCUGCAGGAGAGCAGCAAGAAGAACGUUUUGCGGUGCAUAUCCCAACAGGAUGCGUUGGAGGACAUGGAG